AUGUCGUCGUCUCGUUCAGCAAGCGUCUCGUCGUCAUCAGGCGAGUCGACAUCAUCGAAAACAGCACAAGAAGAAACAAUUGCUAGUGAUCUCGUUGUUACUAAAUAUAAGAUGGCAUCAGAAAUAACACAGCGUAUUCUUCGUGAAGUUAUUGAUCGAUGCGUACCAGGUGCAUCUGUUAAAGAUACAUGUAUUUAUGGAGAUAAACGUUUAGAAGAAGAAACAGCACGUGUAUUCAAAAAAGAUAAAGAUGUUAAAAAAGGAAUUGCAUUUCCAACAUGCUUAUCAAUUAAUAAUUAUAUAUGUCAUUUUAGUCCAUUAGUAUCUGAUCCAGAUAUGAUAUUAAAAGAUGAUGACGUUGUUAAAAUUGACUUAGGUUGUCAUAUUGACGGUUAUGUUGCUGUUGUUGCACAUACAAUUAUUGUUGGUGCUACGCGAGAAAAAAAGGUUACUGGACGACGAGCUGAUUGCAUUCUUGCUGCAUAUUAUGCUGCUGAAGCUGCUCUUCGUUUAAUUAAACCAAAUGAAAAUAAUAUGGCUGUCACAGAAAUGACCGAUCGUAUUGCUAAUGUCUUUCAUUGCAAACCGGUUGAAGGUAUGAUGUCAUAUCAAAUGUCACGAGGUAUUAUUGAUGGUGAAAAGAAAAUUUAUCAAAAUCCAACUGAGAUGCAAAAACGUGACAUUGAAAAACAAGAUUUUGCUUUACAUGAAGUUUAUGCCGUUGAUGUUCUUAUGUCAUCUGGUGAAGGUAAACCACGUGAAACUGAUAUACGUACAACAGUAUACAAGAAAAAAGAUUUUAUUUAUCAAUUACGUAUGAAAUCAUCGCGUGUAUUUUUAUCUGAAGUUGAAAAGCGCUUUUCAUUGAUGCCAUUUACAUUAAGACAUUUCGAAGAUGAAAAACGUGCACGUAUGGGCGUUAUUGAAUGUGCUAAACAUGAUCUUGUUGAACCAUAUCCUGUUUAUCAAGAAAAAGAUGGCGAAUUCGUUGCUGAAUUUAAAUUUACACUUUUACUUAUGCCAAGUGGUCAAAUGAAAAUAACAGGUUUACCAAUUGAUUUAGAUUUAUAUGAAUCAGAAUAUAAAAUGGAUGGUGAUAUUAAACAAUUAUUAACAAGUUCAACGCAAAAAAAGAAAAAAAAUAAGAAAAAGAAGAAAGCUGCCGGUAAUCAACAACAAGGGGCUGGUGCGAAUAGUACAGAAGCGAUGGACGCUGUUGAAGAUGAUGGUGAUGAAGAUUUUGAAGAUGAACCGGAUGAAGCUGCGAAGAAAAAAUCAGCUGGCAAUUCAAGUAAAAAAUCAAAAUCAAAGAAAACAUAA